AUGUGUGGAUAUGUAUGGAAGUGUAGGAAUUCCACUGAAAUAUGGUUUGCCUUAGAGAAUGAAUUCAUUACUAACUCAAAGGCUAGAGCAUUACACUUUAAGAAUCUUCUUCAAACUACACAAAAAGGCAAUUUAAGUGUAGGUGAUUAUGUUAAGAAAAUGAAAGAAAUUGCUGAAAAUUUGUCAGCUAGUGGAAUGGUAAUUGCGGAUGAGGAUCUCUUACAGUAUGUUCUUGAUGGGCUAGGACCUAAAUUUGAUGCUGUGGUAGUAAAUUUAACAUCACGUAUUGAGUCAAAGUUUGAUUCUGUCACACUGCAAGAGGCUCAAUUUUUACUGCAGAAGUAUGAAAUAAGACUUGAAAAAUUCAAUGCAAUUGAUUUGUACAACUGUUCAGCACAUAUAGCCUCAACUGGUACUUUAAACACUUCACAUGGUUCCCCUAGUGACACAAAUCAUGUUUCCAAACCUGAGUAUACAUCUGGCAAUCGUCCAUAUAGUGGAUUUGGGGAACUACCUUAUGCUCAACAGUCUCAUAGUUCUCAUUUGGGCACUCCAUCUGAUAGAUUUAAUUCUGGUGUUGCCGUGACUGUUGAUAAUGCUACAGCUAUUGGUUUUGGUGUUCCUAGUCAACAGAUGCCAAGCCAAAGGCAAGCUCACUUUGUAAACUCAGCACCUGAUUCACAGUAUCACCCUUUAACAUCUCCUGCUCAAUCCUCUCCUCAAUCACAGCAAUUUGCUCUUGCCUCAUCCCUCGCACCUACUGAUCCAAUAUGGUAUAUGGACUCGGGAGCAACUGAUCAUGUUAUCUCAGACCUCCAUCAUCUGAAUCUUAGCAAAGGCUAUUCUGGAAAGGAUCAACUUCAAGGUCAAUAUGACUUCAAUAAAAACUAUAGUGCUUCUACUAGAUCCAUUGAGUCUGAUACUGGUAAUCAGUAUGUGUGCAACAUAAAUAAUGCUGAUGUAGGCAAUGUUCCUAAUACUACUCAGUGUACUUCAUCUCUGACUAAUAAAAGCUCUUUCUCUGAUAUAUGUACUGGUCCCACGCAUGUUUCUGAUCUGUGUUCUACUUCUACUAAUGUUAAUACUUGCACAUCUACAACUGAAUAUUAUAAUGCACAUUCAUAUGUUUCUGAUUUGUGUUCUACCUCUGCUAAUGUUAAUAAUUGCACACCAAUCAUUGAGAACUACACUACAUAUACACAUACUAUUACUCCACAUUGCUUAACAUCUUCUAACUCUACACUCUCUAAUUCAGUUCAUAAUACUGAUCCUUCUACAAACACAAACACUUCAUCCUUUCCUUUUCAGUUAGUUCCUUAUUCCUUCCAGACUUCAGCAACCAUUGAUCCCUCUGCAGUGAAUAUUACUAUUGACAAUCCUAUUUCCGAACAUACAGCAGUUGGUAAGAAUUCCUCUUCUCUUCACCCUCCUGCUUUCAAUUCAAAUAUAUAUUCUCCUUUAAUACCUGCUUCUACUUAUUGUACCAACCUAUCUCUACCUAAUGAUACAUCAUUACCUACACCUAAUAACUCUACUAAUAAAUGUUCCUCACCAUGUACCAAUCCUGGUGUUUCUUUGGAAUUCAAUCCUGCCACUACUCCACAAAUACAAGUUGCUAUUCUUACAAAGCCUACAGAUUGCUCACUCUCACCAUGUCCACUUGUUGUUGAUCUUACUUCCUCACAAUUUGCUGAUGCUUCAGCUGGUUCAAGUCUGGGUGUACAGAAUACAGUCUCCUGUCCUAUUACCUCUGCCACUGUCAAUUUACACCCUAUGAUCACUAGGUCUAAAUCAGCCACUCAUACCUACUGUCCAGAUGAUUGUCAUUUAGCCUUUUCUGCUGAAGAGUUAGAGUCCCCUGAACCGAUUGAAGCUGAACCAAACACAGUCUCUGUAGCCCUUAAAAAUCCCAAGUGGAAGGCUGCUAUGCGAAACAAGUGGGUUUUUCGUACCAAACUCAAUGAUGAUGGAACACUGCAGAAAUAUAAGGCUAGGCUAGUUGCUAAGGGGUUUCAACAGACCACUGGUCUUGAUUACUUCAAAACCUUCAGCCCAGUAAUCAAACCAGCCAUAAUAUGGAUUGUUUUGACUCUUGCAGUAACCCAUGGGUGGGAUGUGCAACAAAUUGAUGUUAAUAAUGCAUUCCUUAAUGGAGUGUUAACUGAAACUGUCUACAUGACACAGCCACCUAGUUUUGAGAGUCCUGUCUUUCCUGAUGCUGUUUGUAAGUUAAACAAGGCCUUGUAUGGUCUUAAGCAAGCCCCUAGAGCUUGGUUUGACAAACUGAAUGCUGCUCUACAGCUCAAAGGUUUUUAG